AUGGAUGGUCCUCCUGCACAAUCUCUUGGAGUCGAACCAGUAGAUGAAAAUGUAAUGAGACAACCUCCACGAAAGAAAAAUGCCCCAAUACUUACACCAGCAUUAGUAAUGCGCGUACUUACUUGCGCCGCGAUUAUUGUUGCUGGUACUUUAUUUACCUAUAUUACCGAAAUGCGAGACGGUGUUGUUACAGCGAGAGACACAACUAUGACUUUUACUUGUUUUGUAUUAUUUGAUAUGUUUAAUGCUUUAAGCUGUCGCUCAGAAAAGAAAUCAAUUUUUAAAUUGGGAAUAUUUUCAAAUCCAAUGUUUAAUUUAGCAGUUGCAUUUUCGCUUAUUGGACAAUUAUUAGUAAUUUAUUUACCAUUUUUCCAAGCAGUUUUUCAAACUGAAGCAUUAGGACUUGAUGAUAUUUUUGGACUUAUAGUUAUAACAUCAUCAGUAUUUUGGAUUGAUGAAUUUCGUAAGCAUUAUCAUAAUCGAAAACAAGAGGAAGAAGAUUAUGGGGCGGUUGCUGCUAUGGAAAUGGC